AAAAAAAAACCCACGAUAACAAGAGUUGCCUGAGUCAGAGAGGUCCUUUGGCUGCCUCGGCACUCAGGACUGCGCCUCUCCUAGCUGAAACAGCUUGGUGCCAUGGCUCUGGAGCAGGACCAGCCAAUGGAGUACUACUAUGAGGAAAGCGAGAUGAACGGCACCCACGACUACAGUCAGUACGAAGCGAUCUGCAUAAAAGAAGAGGUCAGGCAGUUUGCCAAAGUCUUCCUCCCCGCCUUCUUCACCAUAGCCUCCGUCAUUGGGCUGGCAGGGAACUCCACAGUGGUGGCUGUUUACGCCUACUACAAGAAACAGAGGACCAAGACAGACGUGUACAUCCUGAAUCUGGCUGUGGCAGACUUGCUGCUUCUGGUCACGCUGCCUUUCUGGGCAGUCAAUGCAGUUCAUGGGUGGAUUCUGGGGAAAAUGAUGUGCAAAGUAACUUCGGCGCUGUACACGGUAAACUUCGUCUCCGGGAUGCAGUUCCUGGCUUGUAUCAGCAUUGACAGAUACCGGGCAAUCACUAAGGCCCCCAGCCAAUCAGGAGUGGGGAGACCCUGCUGGAUCAUCUGUUGCUGUGUAUGGAUGGCUGCCGUCUUGCUGAGCAUACCCCAGCUGGUUUUUUACACAGUCAAUCAGAAUGCUCGGUGCACCCCCAUCUUUUCCCACCGCCUAGGAACAUCCCUGAAAGCAUCCAUUCAGAUGCUGGAGAUCUGCAUAGGCUUUGUGGUCCCCUUUCUUAUCAUGGGGGUGUGCUACGCCAUUACUGCCAGGUCACUCAUCAAAAUGCCGAACAUUAAAAAGUCUCGUCCCCUCAAGGUUCUACUCACAGUGGUGGUUGUAUUCAUUGUCACCCAGCUGCCCUAUAACAUUGUCAAGUUCUGCCAAGCCAUAGAUGCCAUCUACCUGCUCAUCACCAACUGCGAGAUGAGCAAGCGCAUGGAUGUUGCCAUCCAGGUCACAGAGAGCAUCGCGCUCUUCCACAGCUGCCUCAACCCUGUCCUGUAUGUCUUCAUGGGGGACUCUUUCAAAAACUAUAUCAUGAAAGUGGCCAAGAAAUAUGGCUCCUGGAGAAGACAGAGGCAGAAUGUGGAGGAAAUCGCUUUUGACUCUGAGGGUCCUACAGAGCUAACCAGUUCUUUUACCAUUUAAAUAUAAAACUGCUCUCUGCUCUUUGCUUGGAUACUCACACACAAGUGGUGUUUCUUCCUCAAAUGAAAUAUUUGUGUGACACUGAGACUCAAACAUCAAACAUGCAUUGUUGCAAUGUAUAAUGAAAGAGGAGUAAGGGGUGGGAGUGUAAGGAAGAUAGAUGCUGGAGAAUAAACAACAAAUGGGCAAAGUGGAAAUUAAAGUGAAUGACAGGAAGACAGAAUGGCAGGAUGGAGAAAAGCAUUGUG